AGGGCGGGGGCUCGCUCGUUCUCCUAGUGCCUCUCGGCCUCUCCCUUCAAAGGGUCAAGCCGAACUAACCCGUCGGUACUGGGUCAACCACGGUCGCGAGGCCCUGGGUAUGGUGGACACGCCAGUUUCGUGUUAAAUAAAAGAAAGAGGUUAGAGGCUCGGCGUCUGCUAUGAGCGCCGUGUCCCUCCCGUUGGGGCGGGGGAGGUCCCGCCCACUCGCAUGGCCUUCUGGGAGAUGUGGUUUUUAGUAGUAAAUUAGGCGGAUAGGCGGACAUGAGCCUGGCGCAUGCGUAACGGUGCACCUGAGGCAAAAAAGAGAGUAGCGGCGCCAGUCAACAACCGGAAGUCAGAAAAUUGCCGAGUUUCGGGUAACCAGAAAAUUCAACGCCUACUGCGGGGUGGUGGGAGCUAUAGCCACGCCCAUUUUAUACUUUGACCCAGAAGUGAUUUCUUUCCUACCGCAAAAGACUUCAUUUCCCGACGUGCCUCAGGACAGCGCCUGAGAUCAGUUUCCGAAGGGCUGAGGUUAGUUUCCUCCUCCAGCUUUUGGGUUAUGAAGCCCUGCACGUCGCUGUCCCGCCGUGGGGUCUCCCGGGCACGGCGAGGGUGUGAGAGUGCUGUAAGAUAUUCCAACUUGGGAUCCCUAAGCCUCACCCCAACUUUGGACUGGAUAGGAAACCCAGGUUGAGAGAGGUGAACUCACCUGUCCAAAGCCACACCGAAAGGUUUCAGUGUUAUUCCUGAACUGGAUAUUACGAAGGGACGCUUUGGUCUCUUCCCCCACUCCCCGCGACAUUUUUAAAGUCGGAGGGGAGACCUAGAGCCCUGCCCUUAUGCUUUUGACCAAAGCACUUGCCUGCCUAAUAGUCCCUGGCACGUAGUGUUAUCAUCAGCCUCAUUUUACAGAUGAGGAAAACGGAGGGUCUUCUGGUGACAAUUUCUGACUACAUCGUGGAAUUUUUAGUGCCCAGUCCAGGCCCAUGGCCGAGAGCUCCCUCUACCGGCAGCGGCUAGAGGUCAUCGCGGAGAAGCGGCGGCUGCAGGAGGAGAUCCGCGCGGCGCGCCUGGAGCUGGAGGAAGAGAAACUCCGUGUGGAGCGGCUCAAGAGGAAGUCUCUCCGGGAGCGUUGGCUGAUGGAUGGGGCGGCUGAGGAAACAGACUGGCCCAAGGAUCCCGCCUUGCAGGAGCCCCAGUCACCUGAGGGCCAGGCCCAGGCCCGCAUCCAGAACCUGGAAGACAACUUGUUUACACUCCAGUCUCAGCUCCAGCUGUUGCAAAGUGCAUCCACAGGUGCCCAGCACAAGCCCUUGGGCAGGCCCAUCUGGCGCAGACAGGGUCACCGUCCUCUCUCCCAGCCUAUCUUGGAGGCAGGUCCUGCAGACCCAGCAAUUCUAGACAAGAGAGCCUCCCUACCACCUGGACCAACAGGCAUGUCCCCGGAGUCCCCAUCUGAACCCAGGGAGGAGGCUCUUGGGGCUUUGCCAGCCUUAAGGCAGGUCCCUGGGAUGACAGCAGCAGCUUCCUCUGAAGCCAAUGGCCCCUGCCCCGGGCUCAGCCCUCCUCCGGAGCAGGAGCUGAGUAAGGGGGUGACAGCGGUGGAGAGGAGGGUGGGUGAGGCCAAAGGAGGGGGUGUGGUGAAGGUGGUGUGGGAGGGGCUGAGGGCUACAGAGGAUUGUGCCAUGGGGGCCACAGGCCCGGAGCUAGAGGCUAAGGUGGAGGAGAUGGUGCUGGAGGCCAUUGGGGACAGGCAGGCAGCUGGCAGCCCAGAGCUCCCAUCCUGGGUGAAGGAGGACAGGAAUGUCGUGGAGGUGGUCUGGGAAGGGGUAGGGGGCACAGAAGGCAGUGACUCAGGGGGCACAGGGGAGGGAGGUAGGGGUUUGGAGGCUGCACAGCAGAGCUUGCCAAGGCUUCCGGAACAGCUGCAGGGAGUGAUUUCUAAAGAAGGGGAAGGUUCUCACCGGGGCAGCCCUGAGGGCAAUGGGCAGGGGGGCUCUGGAGGCGAGGAGGGGUCUUUCAUUUGGGUGGAGAGAUUGGCUCUCAGCGAGGAGUGGGAGGAGCUGCUGGUGGAGGGGCCAAAGGGGCCAGGGCAGGUGGCAAGGGAGGAAGAAGAUGAGGGCCUAUUGGGGAAGGAGAAGGGAGGAGGUGAAGAAACCUGGGAGGUGGAGAGGAGGCGAGCAGAAGAAUCACUAGUAGAGAAAAAAGGCGGUGAGGAAGAGCCAGGUACAGAGAGGGAAGAAGCCAAGGAACCAUCUGGAAUAGAGAAGAAAGGAGAUGAAGAAGAGCUAGGGGCAGAAAAGACAGGAGUUGAGGAAACCCCUGAAGUAGAGAAGAAAGGAGAUGAGGAACAGCUAGGGACAGAAAGAAGAGGAGUUGAGGAAUCAACAAAGACAGAGAGGGAAGGAAGGGAGGAAGGGGCAGAGAGGAGGGUUGAGGAAGCAUUGGGAGUAGAGAAGAAAGAAGGUAAGGAACAACUAGGGGCAGAGAAGAAAGCGGAGGAACUAUUAGGAGCAGAGAAAAAAGAUGGUGAAGAGUCACUGAGGGCAGAAAAGGAAAGAGGUGAGGUACAACCAGGGACAGAGAAGAAAGCAGUUGAAGAAUCACUCGUGGUAGAGAGAAAAGGAAGUGAGGAAAAAUUGGAGGCACAGAGAAAGGGAGGUGAGGAACCACUGGAGGUAGAGAAAAAAGGAGGUGAGGAAAAAUUGGAGGCAGAGAAAAAAGGAAGUGAGCAACCAUUGGAGUCAGAGAAAAAAGGAAGUGAGGAACCACUGGAGGCAGAGAAAAAAGGAAGUGAGGAACCGCUGGAGUCAGGGAAGACCCAAGGGGUUGAGGAAUAUCUCAGUCCAGAAGAGCAGAGAGAGUCAGGGGGUGGAAGGGAACCCCAGGCAGAGGAGGUGAGCGAGGCAGGUACUCCCCUGGGGGCCAAGAAAGAGCCAAGGCCAGAGGAGGAAGAGUUGCAGCCCCAGGAGAAGCAGGAAGGCUCCCUGGAGGAGGCAGCAAAGCUCCAAACUCCUGCUAAGGGGCAGGGCCCCAUGGGGGAUGCCAUGCCCCUCCUGGCAGAGACCGCCACUCCAGAGCAGCCCGCCUCAGAGCACCCUGCUGAGUGCCAGCCACUGCUUCCAGUGGAGGGGCCCAGCGCCAACACCAGUGCCCACCCUGUGCCCACAUAUGCCCCUGCCCGGCAGCCUGAGCCACCUGCCCCCGCUGAACGCGAAGAGGCGAGGGGCCCUAAGCAAAAGACGUGCCAGUGUUGUGCGGUUAUGUGAGGCCGCAUCCGUCCACACCCAGCUCCUCUCACAGCUACCUCGGCCUCUUGGCAACCAGCAGCGGGUCCCAGGCACACACCACGGCACCAUGGGACUGGCCAUGGCACCUGGGAGCCAGCUGGCCUGCACAUCCACCUCCACCUGGGCUUCUGGACCCCCUGUCUACUGCCUGUAACCCUGGCCCCCUUCUGCAAUGAAGCCUUUAUACUUGAAAAUAAAAAGUUAAAACACUUGGACAGCUUGAAAUGUGUGUGUUGCUAACACAGAACUUCCCCACCACUUUCUGGUGGGAAAUCAAAGGUUUACUGGAAUCAAAGAGUAUGAAAUCAGCGAGAGUACAGAUUUAGCUGCUAUAACCGAAAGACCUCAAGCUACAGUAGCUAUAAAAACAUAAAAGUUUAUUUUUCCACUGGCUCGGAU